ACGCAAAUCAGCAGAGUCAGUGAAGGAGGCAUGGGAGGAAAUGAUGAGUCAAUGAACGCAGCUAAUGUUGUUUUUCACUGUGCAUCCACUGGAAGUUCUGCUGUGGAAGUGAGUUCAAGUACAAUCCAAGCAAAUGCCUGGCUCCAAUCAAUAAAGAGCUAAAAGUGCAAAGACAAGCAGCCGACGGGACUCAUUAACCUGGGCAGUGACUCAUGAAGGGGAGGAUAUCUAAAAGAUUUUUAGUAAAUGCACCAGGGAGAUGACACCAAAGCUGACUUUAUUUCACAAUGGAAGUCUGAACCAUUUCAAUUUAUUUCAAAAGAAGGCGUACAACGUACUGCAAUAGGAGUACCUGAGCUAAACACUCCAUUAUAACUGCUUAAUAAGAAGGACCAUGGUAUGAUGGACUCCAACAGUGAAGAUGAAGAUUAUGAAAAUACGGAACAGACCUCACAUCAUGAGUCAGCCAAGUAUAAAGUGAUGUAUCCUCGUGACAGGAAGCAAAAAGGGUGCUCAACGAGUCGCUCUGGUAACACCCCAGGAAGAGUGAAGAGGGUAGUGUCAUGCAAAAGGAAGACUCACCACCUGACGAUGGCUCGCAGGAAGCAGCCCGGGUCAGUGAGGAUGCACGGGGUUGCAAAGAAAGAUGAUGAGACGAGCCGUGUUCAGAACACGCAGCAGGAAACAUUUUGCAUGGACCCACUGGAGUUCCCACCAUAUGUCAGCCAUAAUGACAGGGCUGGUAGAACUGGUCCUGAACACGCAGACUACUCUACAAUUACGGAGCUCACAAAGGAUCAUAGGACAAUGACAGACGUGCUGUUUGGGAGACACCUGCGGCUGAGAGUGGCUCUAACCCUGUGGCAGAGAAAUGUUGGAGAGCUGUUGACUUACUUUCUCAGAACCCAGGACACUGGUGUCUUAGUUGACUUUCUGCCCCUGAUAAGUCAAAGCAUCGGGAAGGAGCCGUCGAGGAUGACCAUUGGCUGCUGCGUUGACCUCUUUCCAUUCGUGAGGAAGGUCCUUAACAAUCCCUACGAAGAGUAUCUCACAGCUGGUUUGAACUGGAUUAAUGCUGUUUUAAUGCACUGGAGGAAGGAGUUGAUAGCGAGUGGUUAUUCUGGAUCAUCACCACAUAUAGAGAAGAAUUUCCAAGUCUUUAAUCAGCAGUUGUUGGAGUUCUGGCAGGAGGAACAUUUAUUUAAAUCAGCCCCAGGAGUUGUUGGAGACAUGGCAAAGGCCAUUGACUCCUUCCUGUCUGAACUCGCCUGACGACUGAAAAGAGAGAAGAGAUCAUGUUUAUUUUUUUAAAAUAAAUUUCGCCUGGUGAUUAUAUUAAAAUAUUGUAUUAUAAUAUCAUUUUUAUGAAAUCUUAUAUUAAUUGGAUUACAAAGAGUGUGCAUCAGGAAUAUUAAAUCAUGGAAAAUGCAGUCAGUGGUCCCAAAAAAAGGAUAUUCUGACUU